AAAGCACGCGAGCCGCCAUUUCUAUCGUCGCGUCUUCGCGAAGUCUCUUUCUUCACGUCAAACGUAUUGUGCAGGGAUCAGCUGGAAUCGAUGAAGGUGGAAAGUCUGACCGAGAACGGGGGGCUGUUGGUGGUGCUGGACCCGUUUCUAGACGAUUACUUCUAUCCUAUUUUCCCGAGCGCUGGCUGGAAGGUGACGAUCUUCAAUCCGCACGAUUAUCCGGACACAACCAGCGGAGGGGUGAUCGACUUUCUAGUCUCUCCCAGGGUGCACCGGAGCGUGCAACUAGAGGCAAUCAUGUUCGACAGCACGAGGAGCAUCAUGUCGCAUUCGUUGGAGAAACGCGACUGCGUGUUCGAGGAUGAAAUGACCGCGCUUCAGAGGUUUUACACUUAUAGCAACUGCAUUGUCGAUUGCAAAGCGGUGGACAUGUGGAACAUGUGCGGGUGUAUACCUUUCUUUUUGCCUAAUCGAGCUAAAUGGUUGUCCGUGGUACCGCACGGGAAUCUGUACGACGACGACGAAGAGAUGGAGAAAACGAACACCCUGUAUUGCGACUGUUACCCCGAAUGUAGCGACGUGAAGUAUAACGCGAAGAUGGCCAUGUUCGGUUUGGAACACGUCUCCGAAAUACUGAAAGACACGGAAGUCAAGGAUCAAUCGGUGAUGACGAUAUAUUUCAACAACUUUGGCACGAUCAAGCUGAAACAGGACGUGAUCUUUCGCUGGUACGAGCUCAUGGGUAAGCGAUAUUUCCAAAGAAAACAGAAAUAGAACAAUUCUAAAGGGAAAACUGAAAUUUCCCCAUUUCUCGACUUGACGAAACAGUAUGAAAAAAAGGAAAGAACCUCGCUGCGAAGUAAUGACGUCUCUGUUUGUGCUUGUUACAACGUCAUAGAACGGCGAAACGAUAAAUUUCACGCCGAUACGCGGCGAAACAAUGGACUUGACGUACAAUACGCAACGAUUCGGUGAAUUUUACGGAAUAAUAGAAAAUUUAAUCCUAUACAAAUUUAGUAAGAUCGAAUUGUAUAUUUCACACUGAAAAUAUGGGGAAUUCAACGAUCUCCGAAGUAAUGAAAUUUUAACUUUUAAUAGAAAUACUCUACGCCUGUGCUUUCCAUUAUCUCGCACGACAAAUGCAAACACGAAUAAUGAUUAUUCGCGUGUACAAGCACGAAUAUUUAAAAUGGUAUUCUUUCUCGAAAGCAAAGCCUCGCACGAAAGUUUUCAUUGUUUCUACGUUAAAAUUUGUUCUUUAUUAUCUCAGUGACAUAUUCUAUUUACUAUCGUCUCGAGUGUUCUCCAAAUCGACCGGCCAUUUCCAGCCUGUCGCGUGGAUGAAAUCGCGGAAAGAAUUCUUGAAAGUUGCAGACAGAUCUCAUCUCUUCCCCCCCCCCUGCCCCCUGUUUUCGAUUUGCGCUCUGAUUUUCGAGCUCGAGCGCGUGGCAAAAGAGAUCCAUAAAGUACAGACGAUUUCAUUGUGUAACGAAGGGCUCGUAAUGUGAUGGAAUCUGUUGUGCCGGCUACUUGAGAGAAAGGAAAUAAAAGCACGCGGGUGCAAGCUCGUGCUACGAGUUGAUCCAUUGUAUUAUGUACACACACACGUUUGCGGCAGCGGUUCGCAAGUAAUGUAAUGCACUCGGGAUAAAGGACGUGCAUUUUUCGUUAGGAGAAAUCCACUCGUUUCCUUUCUUUGCGUAACAGGGGCGGGGAUAUUUCUGCCCCGUGUGACGUACGACGAUGUAGCAUCACGUAUCGUAGGUGUAAAUAAUAUAAACGUGUUCCCAACCGUGUGCUGCGAAGUAAUUCGAUACUUCAGAUAUAAAAAUUCGAUGGAAAUUUCUUUUCCCUUUCUGUCUGAACGUACGUAGAGGAAGCUGCGAAUCUCGUUACCAGAUUUGUGCGUUUGUACAGGGUGGGCCGAAAGUUUCGCCUAUUUUUUUUUUUUUUUUUUUUUUUGAAUAAAACACCAAAAUAUAUAAGAAAUAUAAUUUUAUCAAUUUUAAAUUAAAUUUAAGUUCAAGCAUAA